UCUUCGAAAGCUAGGGUUAUUUGGGGCAAGGUGUAGAUCUGCCAGAUCCAGGAGGAGGCGAUGAUGGCGAGCAGUGUGGCAACGCAGCAGCAGAGCUUGGCGCCGACGCCAGCGGCUCGGGCUUUCCUCUCCCGUCUCUCCGAUGGUAUGAAGAUGGCGGUUGCGCAGCGCAGGCCGUGGAAGGAGCUCGUAGAUCGCAACUCGCUGGCCAAGCCCGAGUCCCUCUCCGACGCCCUGGGCCGGAUCCGCAAGAACAUCGGCUACUUCAAGAUCAAUUACAUCUUGGUCGUGCUGGGCUGCAUCGCGGCGAGCCUGGUCUAUCAUCCUCUCUCGCUCCUCACGCUCGGGGUGCUGGCAUUCAUGUGGUAUUACCUCUAUCUCGUCCGCACCGAGCCCGUCGUCCUAUUCAAUCGGAGCUUCAGCGAGCGCGAGGUGAUGAUCCUCAUGGGGAUCGUCUCGGUCGUGGUGGUGUUCCUCCUCUCGGACGUGGGAUCGCUGCUACUGUCGGCGCUCACGAUUGGCGCGGUCGCGGUGAGCCUUCAUGGGGCUUUUAGAGUUCCGGACGAUCUCUUCCUGGACGAGCAAGAGGGCGGCGCUGGAUUCCUCUCCUUCCUUGGAUCUACCAGCAGCACCAAUCCUCCAGUGGCGAGCCACGUUUGAGGAUCAUCAUCAAGCAAUGUUUCCAGUUCUACCUAUUUUGCCUAUUUUGCUUUGUUGUUGUUCUAGCACAUCACACGGAAUGUUAAAAGGUUUGAUCA